AUGGUGCUGAUUUUCUUUUCCGGUAUAUCUCAACUAGGAAAGAUAUUUGAUGGUGAGAAUGGAACAAAACUUCUGAAAGAGAUAGGUAAAAAAACACCAAAAAUGAUGAAAGAUAUCUUUGCAUGGCCGUGGGUGAAUCGAACAAGAAUGAUUGGCAUUCCUGCCAAAGUUGAAGAAUUUGGCUCCAAAAUGAUUGUAAGAAAUAUGAUUGAUCUUGUGGAGCAAAAUAAUGCAAUAAAAUUGAAUGACGAAGAACUCAAGGAGUUGAAAAAAGUUGUGAAUCUCUCCAACAUUACUACAGUUACCGCUAAAUAA